UGGGCCAGAUCCCGGAUUUCUCCUCCUCCCAAUGGGGAACAGUUUAUUCCAAAGGGUUCAGCAAUCAAUGACCAAGGGUGACCUCCUCUUCCUCCCCCGCCCCAUUUGCCCUUCUCAGGAGCUGCUCCAAAGACAGCUGGCUCCAGAGGGAAGCCUCCUCCUGGGAGACGGAAGGGGCCAUUUGUUCAAGUGGAACCCAAGAACAGGAGCAGCUGGUGGGCUCCCUGCGGCUGUUGUCCAUCGAAGAAGAGAAGAGAUGGGGAGGUGUGUGAGGCCUCUGUCCUCAGUUCCAGCUGCCUUCUUUCCUCAGCACAGCCAGGGCCUGGCCUUGGCUCCCCAGUCUCCUGGGCAGCCCUCGGGGGUAGGAGCUGCUCUCCUCCCAAUGGGCUCUUUAGCUGCCAAGUUCCUCCUGCCCACCGUCAGCAGCCUGGCCUUCCUCCCCACCGUCAGCAUCGCAGCCAAGAGGCAGUUCCACAUGGAGGCCAUGGUCUACUUCUUCACCAUGUUCUUUGUCUCGGUCUGCCAUGCCUGCGAAGGCCCUGGGCUCACCUUCCUUUGUUUCAUGAAGUACGAUCUCCUGCAAUACUUCAGCAUCUUUGGAACCGCUUUAUCUAUGUGGGUUUCACUGAUAGCUCUGGCAGAGUUUGAUGAACCCAAACGAUCAACUUUGGUGAUGUUUGGAGCGCUUACCAUAGCUGUCAGGAUCUACCAUGACCGAUGGGGAUACGGUGUCUACUCCGGACCGAUCGGCACAGCAGUUCUCGUCAUAACAGUCAAAUGGUGUCCUACUGUGGCUUCAUGCGUGGACUGGGCGCCAUUUGCAGCUUUUGCAGGUGUCUGCUGAGGAAUUCCAUCAUGGUCAAAUUAGAAGCAAAAACAAUCACCUCAACAAUAGAAGGAAAAGGCCUUUCAGCAAAAUAUGAAUAUAUCCCAUUGUUAGUGGGGGAAAAAGGGUGCAGGAGAACUGGAAUAAAUUUCAAAAUGAUCUUGAUGGGACUGAGAAAAAUAUGAUAAUCAGAGGAAUGGUGAAGAGAAAAUGAAGUCCUGGAGAUAUUUCACCUUUAGAAAAGAGACUUGGUUGGGGGGGGGGGGAUUAUGGUAUUCUACAAUUAUCUGAAAAAUUGCUGUUAGUGAGGAAGGUCACCAUCAAUGUCUUUUCCAGAAUAAUGGAUUUAGAUGAUAGGAAACAGAUUAUGUUGGGAGAGGUGGAAGGAAUUUUUAGCAAAAAGGGCAAUUUGAGUCUGGAAGUAUAAUUCUUCAAGUGGGAACCAGUGAUGUCCAGUAUGUUUCAGUGGGAGGCCUGCAAAGAGCAGUGUGGCCUUGGGGGGCCCUCUCCAACUUGAGGACUUCAUAAAUUAAGAGAUAAAUUAGGUCCCACCCCCACCCCCAUUCCCAUCCCUAGCAAAAUAGAAUGGAAACUGAACUGUCUUUGCAGGUAAGAAAAAAUCCUAACCUGGCAAACCCACUGAACUCAUUUCAGCUAGACAAGUGUAACACUAUAUUCUAAAAGGAUUUGGAAGAUUACAAAAUAUGUCACCACAAGCAAAACUGUGUGAUGGGAUUCUUCCUGCGUCACUAGGGUUUAAAAUUGUCAUGAAUAAAUGCCUUGCCUCUGAUCCAGAGCUAGAGGCAGGGGGGCUGGGCAAGCCAGCCCCCAAGGUCCACCCUAACCCAAUAACCCCUCCUUACCUUAGCCACGCCCUGGGGGUACUUAAGGGUCAGCCAUGCGGUCCUGCUUCAGUUCCAGACUUGUACCUGUAACGAUAAGAUGCAUAAUUAAUAAACAGUAAUUGAUCUAAUGAAAA